AUGGAAGAGCCCCUAACGGAGACUACACCUCCGAUCCUUCAGGAUGAUGAGAAAAAGAGGAAGAAAUACGACCGACAACUUCGCCUUUGGGCUGCUAGCGGCCAACAGGCCCUAGAGGAAGCUCAUGUGUUGCUCAUCAACUCUGGUCCUGGCGUAGUCGGCGUCGAAACUUUGAAGAAUCUCGUUCUACCAGGUAUCGGUCAAUUCACUAUACUUGAUUCCGCCGAGGUCACAGAAGCGGAUCUCGGCGUCAACUUCUUUCUCGAGCCAGACGAUGUGGGGAAAUUUCGAGCAGAACGAACAUGUGCCCUGCUAGAAGAGCUGAAUCCCGAUGUCCAAGGCCACUACAACACCGAGCCUGUCGAAUAUUUUCUCACACAGUCCUCCGACACGCAUUCCCUUAGGCCAUUUACACACAUCCUCGUUACCGCUCCCAUCGUGCCGGAACUCCUCGCCGACAUCCUCACCCACUGCCGAGCGACUUCGAAGCCACUAUUCUACAUCCAUUGCGUUGGCUUCUACUCUGUUUUCUCCGUGCAACUACCAAGCGCGUUUCCCAUUGUAGAUACCCAUCCUGAUCCGACAGCUACCACCGACCUCCGCCUCCUCACGCCAUGGCCCGCACUCUCUGCUCUUGUCGAGGAGAAGACGAGAGACCUGGACUCGAUGAACGCGCAUGAGCAUGGACAUGUACCUUAUGUACUAAUUAUCCUGCACUUCCUCGAAGUGUGGAAACAGACGCACGAUGGGCAGGUCCCGUCAAAUUACCGGGAGAAGAGCGACUUCAAAGAGCUAGUACGGAAAGGGAUGCGCAUCAACAACCCCGAAGGCGGCGAGGAGAACUUCGAGGAAGCCAUCGCCGCAGUGCUGAAGAGCUUGAACCCCUCAACACCUAGCAGCGCUGUCAAGGAGGUAUUCGAUGCAGAGGAGUGCAAGAACCUAACGCACGACUCGCCACACUUCUGGGUAAUCGCGCACGCCGUAUCGGAUUUCUACAAAGCACACAACGCACUACCGCUGCCUGGAUCGAUUCCAGACAUGAAGGCGCAAUCAGCGGACUACAUCCAGCUGCAGAACGUGUACAAGACGAAAGCACGUGAGGACGUGGCCGAAGUGACGCUAACGGUGCGCGAGCUCGCGAAGCAGCAUGGUCACCUCGCCCAAGUCGAUGAGAAAGAGAUCGAAGCCUUUUGCAAAAACGCAGCGCAUAUCAAGCUCGUUCGCGGCCGGCCGAUUAAUCCAGCCUUCCCAGGCCAGAAACUGAAAUGGGGCCAGAGGGCCAAAGCAGCCGUCUCCGCACUCACAAACCCUGACUCCCUAAUCCUCAUCCACAUCGCCUUCCUCGCCUUUGACGAGUUCUGCGCCUCCCACGACGCAGACGCACUGGCAAGCGCGCCGCGUGCUCCAGGCUCACAAGACUCCGAAGUCGAGUUCGACGCAGAGAAGAUGACCGGCAUCGCCAACACAAUCAUCGACAACUUGAUCAACGAAGCUGGCACGCGCAUCGAGGAGCCAGACUACUCAGACAUAGGCGCCAGGGUUGCGAAUUACGUGCAGGACAUCGUGAGGGCCGGCGGGGGCGAGCUGCAUAACAUCGCUGCACUGACGGGUGGGAUGGUCGCGCAGGAGGUUAUCAAGGUCGUCACGAAGCAGUAUGUGCCGGUUGACAACACGUGUGUUUUUGAUGGAGUGGGGAGUCGGACGGAGGUGCUGAGGUUGGGGGCGGAUGUGUCGGUGUAG